GUGAGUUCACCACAGGGUAGAGGUCAAUGGUCCAUUCCAUCUUGCAGGAUAAAAAGGGGAACUCUAUGUUGUGGUGAUCCUCAGUUGACUCACACUCUCAUUCGGUGAACAGAGAGGGAAGCCUUUGUGUAGAAGAAACCGGUGAAAAUUUUCUAACGCUGACUACAGAACUCUCUCUUCUCAAGCGAAGUCGUCGUGCCAACAUCCAAGGAUUUUUUUAACUGAAUCGCAAGUGAAAACCAUCGACAUCAUCAGCCUCCAAUGUGGGAUUUUUAGAACCAACCCUGUGAGUGACGUCACCAACACUGACUAGUCACCGACAACAAUAAGCUGCUGUUUAUAAAGUGCCGGGUAUCCAGUGUAUGACUUCAUAUGUGAAGCUGACAGCAUCGAGUGAGGAUCACUAAAAUACUAGCUGUUCCUGGAUACUGCAUAAAGAAAAAAGGAAAUCAAAGUGUCGGGUUUCUACUGGCGUGUGUAACCUACACACCGUACGUCCUGGAUCACCGGAGUGGUACGUUCCUAGCAGCCAAUACGGCGGGAAAUUGCAUGAGUCGGUCGAUGGUCAUGGGGCAGAAAUUGUCCGGCGGAAUGAAGCAAAUUGCCAGAGAACCCUCAAAUAAAAUCACACAGAGAGAACUCAUCUACAGCGGCGAUCUGGUCAAACCAAACAGGCUAGAUACGUUGCUGGACAUGCCCCCGGCGGACAAGGAACUCCAGUACAAAUACGCCUGGAACGAAGAGGACCGGUCGCUGAAUAUAUUUGUGAAGGAGGAUGACCCCGUGACCUUCCACAGACACCCUGUAGCGCAGAGCACGGAUUGUAUACGAGGGAAGGUGGGAUUCACAAGAGGACUACAUGUUUUUGAAGUUUAUUGGAAUACGAGACAACGAGGUACCCACGCCGUCGUCGGAGUGGCCACAGCGAACGCUCCACUUCAUUGUGUCGGGUACCAGUCAUUAGUCGGUAGCAAUGCAGAGUCGUGGGGAUGGGACAUAUGCCGGAAGAAGAUCUUCCACGAUGCCAAGCACAAGUCCGGCAUGUCGUAUCCACUCCUGCCAAACUCUGACAACUUCCCUGUGCCGGACAAAUUCCUCAUGGUACUAGACAUGGACGAGGGAACGCUAAGUUUCAUCGCAAACGGACAAUUCCUUGGCGUCGCAUUCCGUGGACUGAAAGGCAAGCGUUUGUUCCCUGUUGUUAGCGCUGUCUGGGGACACUGUGAAAUCUCUGUGAAAUACCUUGGAGGGCUUGAACCCUCGCCCCUCCCUCUGCAGGAUCUGUGUCGGAGAGAAAUUCGCCUUGCCGUCGGUAAAGAGCACCUUGAGGACAUUUACCAACUCCCACUGCCAACCAUGGUCAAGAGAUACAUCUUGUACCAGUGAACCAUUGACCGUCUUAUCGGCCGGCCGUGAACACAAGAAAAUCUGAUGAACACAUUCGUUUAUCUUCGACCACCAAGCUGCUGGGACUUUGAAAAAGUUCAUCGCAUGGAAGGAUGUCUGCUUGAUCCCCCUCUCAAGGGUUGGUGCUACCUUAUAACAUUUUUUUUUUAAGAAGAAAAAAAAAAACUAAGUGCUGCCAUUUACUGCGGACUUUAAUCAGGCAAUUUGACGAUGACUCAACCAACGUGCCGGAGAGUUAUUUUUAAUUUAUUAAAGAAUGACGAGAUUACUGUAGUUGGGUGAGCCAAAUCAUGGGGGAGCUCACUGAUCAAAGAUUUGCUCAACGCUGAGAAGAAAAAAAAACAAUUCUGAGCUGACUUGCGCCGGUGAUUAAUGGAGAAAUCGGGGUUGCAGGUCACCAAGAGUUUUGCGUCCAUCUUUUAGUUUAAUUUUCUUGUGGAUGCCCCGAGUCUACACCAUAAGUGCUGCGUGGAGGAACUGUCAGUGAGUUGCCACAGCGACCGCCCCUUGAGAUG